AUGAGCUGCCGCUCACGCCCGCCCGCCCGUGUCCCCUGCAGGUUCUGCGGAGAGUGCCUCCAGCCCUGCCUGCAGGUGCCGUCGCCCCUGUGCCCCCUCUGCCGCCUGCCCUUCGACCCCAAGAAGGUGGACAAGGCCACCCACGUGGAAAAGCAGCUCUCAUCCUACAAGGCGCCCUGCCGGGGCUGCAGCAAGAAGGUGACCCUGGCCAAGAUGAGAGUGCACGUGUCCUCCUGCCUGAAGGUCCAGGAGCAGAUGGCCAACUGCCCCAAGUUCGCCCCUGUGGUGCCCACGUCCCAGCCCAUCCCCAGCAACAUCCCCAACAGGUCCACCUUCGCCUGCCCGUACUGCGGCGCCCGCAACCUGGACCAGCAGGAGCUGCUGAAGCACUGCGUGGAGAGCCACCGCAGCGACCCCAACCGCGUGGUCUGCCCCAUCUGCUCGGCGAUGCCCUGGGGUGACCCCAGCUACAAGAGCGCCAACUUCUUGCAGCACCUGCUCCACCGGCACAAGUUCUCCUACGACACCUUCGUGGACUACAGCAUCGACGAGGAGGCCGCCUUCCAGGCCGCACUGGCCCUGUCCCUCUCGGAGAACUGAAGGCGGCUGUGCAGCCUCCUGCCCGCGCCCGGGGUCCAGGACGCUCCCCUCAAGGGACAGGGCCGCGCUCGUCUCCCACACUGCACUGGGACAUGCCUCGCCGGACCGCGGGAGGCCCCACUCCUGCCUGAGGAGAGCCUGCCCACGAGCCCCCGGGGCCGGAGGGACAGAGGCCGGCCGGCUGUCCCUUUGCUGGCAGAGCGGGGCCACCAUGGUCCUGGCCGGCGUCGCUGGGCUAUUCGGUGCUUUGGGCCAAGCAGCCGGCCUCGUGGGGCAGUGCCGGUCCCCGAGACGUAGAGCAGUCGGCCGCCUCCUCUAAGCCAUGACGUCCUCCUCAUGGGGAGAAGGGACCGGCCGGCGCCCUGAGCUGCACCGUGCAGGCCCCGCGCGGCCCAGCCACGCUUCCACCGUGCGCACUUGGUACUGGCUUUUGUGGUACUUAGAGAUCCCGGCACUUUUUCUAUAUUAUCCAGCGUGAUAAUCUUUUCAAGUUUUAUAGAGCAAAGACAAAGCAGUUACUCUUCAUAUUGCAAUAUCUGUGUUUGACUAGGGAUAAUAGUAUUUUUAUGGAACAUUUACAAAAUUAUAUUUUUUAAAAAAAC